AAGAGGAUGUUCAGGAUUGUCCAUAAUUUUCUUGAUUUUACGCAAAAUCCUUCUUUGCAUCACCGUAUCCAGAGGUUCAGUCAUCCCCAGAACAGAACCGGCCUUCUUUAUCAGGUUGUUGAGCCUUUUUACUUGAGAAAUCGGCUAUAGUCAGGUGACCCAGAAAUGCAAAAUGCCAAAACCAAGCAUGGAGAUUGAAGCAUUAUGAUAAGGUAGAUGAAAAGGUCCAUACUAGAUGAAAAGCCCUGAUUGGGUCAUCCGGAGUGAUGACAACCUACAUAAAACCAAGGCAACAAUGGAGCAGCUAAACAAGAAGUACAUUAGAGUCAUGAAGUGGUCUUAAUCCUGCAGACAAUCUGCGUAGAGUUCAACUGGCAGAUCAAAUACUUUUUAUACUUAUUUUAUUAUGAAUAGGCUGUAAAAUGAAAAUGCUAUGAGCAGCACAGGUGGCAGGAAGGAAAUAAAAAAAAGAAUCUGUAAAAUUGCAGGAACUCCCACCGGGAAUCGAUUACUUUGGUCUAGUUGCUGCGGCCAGGCGGUGUAGCUGCACACAGAGAAGCAACGUUGACGUGGUAACCAUCAACAUUUAGCCGCAGACUUCCAUAAAUACACGAAUAAAACGUGAAAACGCAGCCAUGUUGGACUUUGCCAUCUUCGCUGUCACGUUUGUCAUCAUUUUGGUCGGCGCUGUGCUCUAUUUGUACCCGUCUUCCAGAAGGGCCUCUGGUAUCCCAGGUCUCUACCCCACAGAUGAGAAGGACGGAAAUUUGCAGGACAUCGUCAACAAAGGCGGUCUGCACGAGUUCCUUGUUGAUCUGCAUCAGGAGUUUGGGUCCGUGGCCUCCUUCUGGUUUGGCAGGCGACCGGUGGUCAGCCUGGGCUCUGUGAAGCAGCUCCAGCAGCACAUCAACCCCAACCACACCACGGACUCUUUUGAGACCAUGUUGAAGUCGCUGCUGGGAUACCCGCCGGGGAUGGGAGGCGGGCCCAACGAGUCGGUGGUUAGAAAGAAACUAUAUGAGGGGGCCAUCAACAUCAGCCUGAAGAACAACUUCCCCGUCAUGCUGAAGCUGGCGGAGGAGCUGGUGGGAAAGUGGAAGUCAUUCCCGGAGGCACAGCACAUUCCCCUGUGUGCUCACCUGCUGGGCCUGUCUCUGAAGACCGUCACCCAGCUGGGUCUGGGAGAGCGCUUCAAAGACGACGCCCAAAUCAUCGCCUUCCGCAAGAGCCAUGACGCGAUCUGGUCUGAAAUCGGGAAGGGUUACAUGGACGGUUCCUUGGAGAAGAGCUCCAGUAGAAAAGCCCAUUAUGAGAAAGCUCUGUCGGAGAUGGAAUCAAUGCUGCUGUCGGUGGUGAAGGAGAGGAGAGCCCAGAAGAAGCAGAUGUUGUUCGUGGACGCUCUUCUUCAGUCCAGUCUCACAGAGCGACAGGUCAUGGAGGACUGCAUGGUCUUCACUCUGGCCGGAUGUGUCAUCACUGCUAACUUGUGCAUCUGGGCGCUUCACUUUGUGUCCACAUCCAAGGAAGUCCAGGACAAGCUGUGCCAAGAGCUAGAAGAUGUUUUGGGUACUGAUCCAGUUUCCUUGGACAAGAUUCCUCAGCUCAGAUACUGCCAGCAGGUUCUCAAUGAGACCGUGAGGACCGCCAAGCUGACCCCCAUAGCUGCUCGUCUUCAGGAAGUGGAGGGAAAAGUUGACCAGCAUGUGAUCCCUAAAGAGACUCUGGUAAUCUAUGCCCUGGGAGUGGUCCUUCAGGAUGCUGACACGUGGAGCGCCCCCUACAGGUUUGAUCCAGAUCGAUUUGAGGAAGAAUCGGCAAGGAAGAGCUUCUGCCUGCUUGGCUUCUCAGGGAAUCAAACAUGCCCAGAACUCAGGUUUGCCUACACUGUAGCCACGGUCCUGCUCAGCACCUUGAUGCGACAGCUGAAGCUUCACCAGCUGGAAGAUCAAGUGGCAGAAGUCCGAUCUGAGCUGGUGUCCACACCCAAGGAUGAAACCUGGAUCACCGUCAAAAAUAGAAAAAGUCAUACAUAGUCUGCACAGCCCAGAUACUGAAGCAUUGGAUUUGAGUGAGCAUUUACCAGCAAAGUAUUUCAAUUGUGAAUCAAAAUGAAGCUCUUGAUUGGACCGCUUUAAAGGCAUAAAAACUUUCAGCGCAUUUCUGUCAACUAAAUUAAUUUCAACUUAAUCAGUGAGAAAAGUAAGGACAAGAGCUAGAAACAAGUAGAUUUUAAAGGAGCACACAGUAACAGACACUGCCAUCUAGUGGUUAUGUUAAAAAUUAUAGCAAUCCAAACAGGUCCAUCUGUUAUGGGGCAAGAAAUUAUCAAUAAUGACCUAAAUCAUCUGUCUAGAGGAAAGUUAUUUUUUCACUAUCAGCUCUUUGUGUUUCUGCAUCCACAGAUUGAUCCACCUUUCUCUUUACCGCUACUUGGACAUUACAAUCAUUUUAUGUGCCUUUUCUGUGGCAAAAGUGACUUUCCACUGUUUAAUCUUGCACAAAAAAGGAAUUACAUCCUUUUUAAAAAGUGAUGGAAACUAACUGCUACUGAUACAAUUUCUGUUUUGCAGGUGUUUGUUAUUGGUAAUCAGAAUUUUCAUCACUGAGGCCAAAUAUUUAGGAGCCUUACAGCAUCUGGACAUUUCAGUCGGAUUCAUUUUUAAGGCCUAUUGUAUAAUAAAGCUGUACAGAAAAAUUG